AUGAAGGUUGCAAACCAUGGGUACAUCCCGCAUCCGCUUCUCUCAUGCUCCAGGACUCCGCUCUGGAAUCGGCUGCGUGCCGAACUGACAGCGUGCGCAAUCCCAGGACCCAAAGGCAAAGCGCUCCUUGCAGGUGCUGCAGCCAGGGCCUUUGGGAAAGCCCUCUUUGUUGCGAGGGCCUUCCUUCCUCAAGUAACGCUGCUCUUCCAGCAGCAGGCUGCUUUCUUCGUACUCUGCGAGCGCUUCGAGGAUGUUCUAGCUCACACGACUGACUGGGCGACGCUGGUGCCAAUUCCACAUUUCGAGCAUGACGUACGUCGGAUGAUUUCGACCCCCCAUGGAGAAGCUCCACCUUGUUUGUUUGGCUGGGCUGCAGCCCUGCUCUGUGAGCUGCGUGUGGAGAAGGCUGUGCUGUCGGGUGCCUGGCCUGAGCUUGACGCUGAGCUCGCCGAGCUUGAAACCUUGGCUGCAUCUCACGAGGACACCGCAUCUGAGGAAGGGCGCCAGGUGCUCUCGGCGCUCCUGGCUCGCGACGAGAGGGCUUUGCAGCGCCUCACGGCCAAGGGCCGCUGGGCGCUGCGCGGGCUCCUGCGCGGCGGGCACCGGGCCCUCACGCUGCUCGAAUCUUCGGGCUGGUUCAGCUUGGAGGAUGUCCUGGAGGCUUUGCCAGAUGGUGAAAUGGGUCCAGCGCUAGACGGCCAUGCUCUCGCGCGAGCACAAGCCUUCCUGCACCAGGCCACUACUUGGACCAUGAGGCUGCAAAGAGAGGUUGAAGACUUCACGGAAGGACCUCCGGCUGUGCGGGUAUGGGCCACAAGCACCCACCCGACAUUGCUCCUGGAACCACUCAGCAUCUGGGCGGGCUUUGCAACACUUGAAGCCACGCUCUGCGUCCGCGGUUGUGCAGCCGAACUUGCGGGUGUGACAUGCGUGGAGGGCGGGCUGGUGAACGAGAUCCUGCAAAGGCAUCUAGGCAGCCUGGAGGACUCUUUGGGGCAUUUCCCACUGCUUCCCAGCCUCGAAAACUUCCGGACAGACUUCGAGGAAAGCGACUUCGCCUCGAAGAUUCAAGCAGAUGUGCUUGUUUGCGGCGAGCCGGCCUUCAUUUGCCUCCUCCUCGCCGAGUUGAACAGGACUGUCCUUGGAUAUGUGGGCAAUCCGCUAGGUGCGUACUUGACUGCAGAUGACCAGAUGCAGUUCUACAGCUUUGUCGCACAAGUACCCCAGCGCACCUCGUCAUUGUAUGCUGCACUGCAAUUGGUUUUCAUGGCACCUCCGAUAGCAGCGCAGGGCUACUGGCAGACCGGCAUCCGACUGCCCGUCGUGAGGCCUGUGGCGCUGUACGCAAAGUCUUCGCGGCCAAAGCACAUGCCCAACAGCGAGGAUGUCUUGAUAACCAAGCAGGUCUACACGUUCUGGGACUUCCAAUGUCUUCUCAACUCGGCCCUUCCAUCCGCAUCCGGGCGGACAUGGAGUUUCAAAUAUAUGACGGACCUCAAGGACCGAUCUUGGGGAGCCUGGGCGUCUUCUCGCGCUGCAGUCGUUUUGCCUUACGACCCGCAAACACUGGUCUUCUAUGAGCUGUACAGCCUCGCUGUGCCGCUGCUGGUGCCCAGCAAGGACCUGCUGCCGCUUUUUUUCGCACGGAGCUACGGCCAGGAUGGCAGCACGGCGGUCCAGAGGAGAGGUUGGGCUUUGCAGCGCAGUGGGGCCGCUUGGGGCCGGUGGCACGAGGAGGCUAGCUUCAACGAGCUUCGUUGGUGGGCCCACCUCAGCGAUGUUGCGCAACUUCCUCACUUGCUAGCCUGGUCUUCCUUGGCCGAGCUGAUGGGGCUGCUCAACGACGCGAUGCGUCUCGUGGCCACCUCCGCUGCCAUGAUAGAGGUCACGAACCAGAACUGGCGGAGGUCAACCUUGUUUUGGCAGGCAGUAUUGACACCAAGCCUGCGCAACACCAUGUGA